AUGGAUAAUGAAACAACUCAGUUUCUUCUCCUGGAAUUCUCAAAGAUCUGGGAGCUACAGAUUAUGCAUACAGUGUUAUUACUGAUACUGUAUUUAAUGACGGUAACAGGGAACCUUCUCCUCAUCUCUGCUGUUAUUUCUGACCACCACCUGCACACCCCCAUGUACUUCUUCCUGAUGAAUUUAGCCAUGCAAGACAUUGGUUCAGUUUCAGUCAUUCUCCCCAAAGCGGUUUUUAAUUCUCUGAUGAAGAUAAGGACUAUUUCUCAUUCUGGAUGUGUUGCCCAAGUCAUGUUGUUUGUCUUUUUCCUGAGCUCUGAUAUUCCCCUUCUUACUGUCAUGGCCUAUGAUCGGUAUGUUGCCAUUUGUAACCCUUUACAAUAUGAAAUGAUAAUGAACAGGAAGGCUUGCACCAAAUUGGUUGGCAGUGUAUGGACUGCCGGCCUUCUCAAUGCUUCAUUACACACCACUGUCACUUUUAAUACCCCUUUCUGUUCUAAUACUCUCGAUCAGUUCUACUGUGAAAUCCCAUAUUUGCUUAAGAUUGCCUGCUCUGGUUUAUACGUAACUGAAAUUGGAGUUCUAGUCUUCAGUGCUACAUUAACAAUCGGCUGUUUUGCUUUUAUCAUUGUCACUUAUGUGCAUGUCUUCUCUGCUGUUCUGAGAAUCCCUUCAGUUCAAGGAAGGAAAAAGGCCUUUUCCACUUGUCUGCCACACCUCAUUGUCUUCUCCAUAUUUCUGUUUACUGGUGCCUUUGCUUACCUAAAACCUGUAGCUGACAGUCCAUCGCAUCCUGACUUCCUAAUAACGAUAAUGUAUUCCACUAUUCCCCCCAUGCUGAAUCCGUUAAUCUACAGUAUGAGAAACAAAGACAUCAAAGCUGCUCUUUCAAGAAUUUUUGGUCAGAAGUUGUUUUAUUUUAAGGAAAUAUGA